UUUCCGUUUCUGUUAUAAUGAAAUAGUGUUUUUCUUUUUUACUCCAGAUUUAGUAUUAACUGAUGCUGAGAAAAGAAAUUAUGCUCUUCAAGAGAUAGAAGAUUUGCUGUUGUGUAAUGGGAGUACUCUGACAGACUUCAAAGACAUGCCUAAACCUACUCAAGAAGGUAUAGAUCAUUCAAACCGUUUCAUUACAGAAGAGAAAAAUUAUAACCGUGAUAAGUUGCGAGAAGACCAUGAUGAGUGGGUUAAUAAGAUGACUUCUGAGCAAAAAGGCAUUUAUGAUGAGAUCAUUGGUGCUGUUUUAGAAAACAGUGGAGGUGUCUUCUUUGUUUAUGGAUUUGGGGGAACCGGUAAAACUUUUAUGUGGAAAACUCUAUCUGCCGCAGUUCGAAUGAGGGGUUUGAUUUCUGUCAAUGUUGCGUCUAGCGGGAUUGCUUCUUUGUUGUUAGAAGGUGGUAGAACUGCACAUUCUAGGUUUGGCAUCCCUAUUCAUCCUGAUGAUUUCACAACAUGUCAUAUCGUGCCUAACUCAGACCUUGCUAAUAUGCUUAAGGAAGCAUCUCUUAUCAUAUGGGAUGAAGCUCCUAUGAUGAGUCGUUAUUGUUUUGAGUCAUUGGAUAGAAGUCUAAAUGAUGUUAUUGGAAAUGUCGAUGGAAAGCCAUUUGGUGGUAAAGUUGUUGUUUUCGGAGGUGAUUUCAGACAAGUACUCCCUGUAAUACAUGGUGCUGGUAGGGCAGAGAUUGUUUUAGCUGCAUUAAAUUCAUCUUAUCUCUGGGAACACUGCAAGGUCCUCACUUUGACAAAGAACAUGCGUCUUAUGGCUAAUGAUUUGGAUAAAGAUGAGGCAGAGAAAAUUAAAGAGUUUUCUGAUUGGCUCUUGGCCGUUGGUGAUGGUAGAGUUUCAGAGCCUAAUGAUGGUGAAGUUCUCAUAGAUAUUCCAGAAGAUUUACUGAUUAAAGAUGUAAAUGAUCCUAUUGAAGCUAUUAUCAAAGCAGUUUACGGAGAAUUGGAUUUGUUGCAGCCUAAUAAUGAUCCUAAAUUCUUUCAAGAGAGAGCUAUAUUGUGUCCAAGAAAUAGUGAUGUCAACACCAUCAACGACAUCAUGCUUGAGAAACUUAAUGGUAAGAAUUACGUUUUAAUACUAUAAUCUUUAACUGUAUAU